GAGACUCAGUUAUUAAUCAUUAAAAGCCAAUACAUUACAUAAAAUGAUAAAGGAAAAUCCAUUUGUAAUGAAGCGCUAUCAUUAGAUAUUCAGAGUUUAACGUAGGCAGCACCUUUGAACAACUUAGAGCCAGUGCCAGAUGAUGUGUAAGAUCCUGCCUGGUGUAGAAAUUUGGAUAUGAAUGACAAAGAUUCUUUUAGUGAAAUCAUCUAAACAGUCAGAACUAUUUGCAGAGAGAAUCCUCUUGUAUGUUUUAAUUCAGUUCAUAUUUAUAAUUUAUAUAAGUAGUGAAGGUGCCAUUGGGUUUUACUACAGACUGUGGUUGAAACUUGGUAAUCCAGGGUUUUUCCACCCAGUGCUUUAAAUCAGGCAGCCCCACAAGGUCUUGGUAGUCCAGUGUUUAUAGCAUCCUUCUUUACCUGCUAAUCGACCUCACUUCCUGGAUUUCAGUCCAUCUAGUUAUCAGCUAACAAAAGAACAGCUUUUGGUUCCUGCAGACGCUGGUGAAAAAAUAAUCAUGAGAAAGAAAUCCACCUUAUGUCGUCUUUUUUGUCUGCAAAAAUAAACUCAGCCAUCAUACAGCUAACAGGUACAGAGGGAAGAUACGAGCUCUUUCAUAGGAAGAAAUCGCUGAGAAAAUGAGCAUCAUUUCUCAAGGUUUUUAUUUUCACUGAUCUACAAGUGAUGCUGCUGUAAUUCUAGCUGCAGUUUUUACCGAUCAUUCACCACUCAGCAGCUGGUAGAGAAGUAAGCCUGCUUGGCAACCACCUGCAGGGCUGCAGAGAUGAAUUACAUUUUCGGAAACAACACACUUCUAUACUCUCGCGGCAGUCGAGGAGGCAAUACUAGCUCUAGCCAUGGCUCAGCAGGCCCAAAGCAGAAACACUGGGCAAAAAAGGGCUCGUCAGAUGAACUGCAGGCUGAGCCAGAACCUUCACGCUGGCAGCAGAUAGUUGCAUUUUUCACUCGAAGACACAGCUUUAUUGACUGCAUCUCGGUAGCCACCAGCUCCACCCAGCCAACAGAAGCUGUUCUUCCCUCUCCUCCCACUGUCCCUGUGAUCCCUGUCCUGCCAGCCCCUGCUGAGAAUACUGUCAUCCUACCCACCAUACCACAGGCAAAUCCUCCUCCAGUCCUGGUCAACACAGAUAGCUUGGAAACACCAACUUAUGUUAAUGGCACAGAUGCAGAUUAUGAAUAUGAAGAAAUCACACUUGAAAGGGGAAAUUCAGGGCUUGGUUUCAGCAUUGCAGGAGGUACAGACAACCCACAUAUUGGAGAUGACUCAAGUAUUUUCAUUACCAAAAUUAUCACGGGGGGAGCAGCCGCCCAAGAUGGAAGAUUGCGGGUCAAUGACUGUAUAUUACGAGUAAAUGAAGUAGAUGUUCGUGAUGUAACACAUAGCAAAGCAGUUGAAGCGUUGAAAGAAGCUGGGUCUAUCGUACGCUUGUAUGUAAAAAGAAGGAAACCAGUAUCAGAAAAAAUAAUGGAAAUAAAGCUCAUUAAAGGUCCUAAAGGUCUUGGGUUCAGCAUUGCUGGAGGUGUUGGAAAUCAGCAUAUUCCUGGGGAUAAUAGCAUCUAUGUAACCAAAAUAAUUGAAGGAGGUGCAGCACAUAAGGAUGGCAAACUCCAGAUUGGAGAUAAACUUCUAGCAGUGAAUAACAUAUGUUUAGAAGAAGUUACUCAUGAAGAAGCAGUAACUGCCUUAAAGAACACAUCUGAUUUUGUUUAUUUGAAAGUGGCAAAACCCACAAGUAUGUAUAUGAAUGAUGGCUAUGCACCACCUGAUAUCACCAACUCUUCUUCUCAGCCUGUCGAUAACCAUGUUAGCCCAUCUUCCUUCUUGGGCCAGACACCAGCAUCACCAGCCAGAUACUCACCAGUUUCUAAAGCAGUGCUUGGAGAUGAUGAAAUUACAAGGGAACCUAGAAAAGUUGUUCUUCAUCGUGGCUCAACGGGCCUUGGUUUCAACAUUGUAGGAGGAGAAGAUGGAGAAGGAAUAUUUAUUUCCUUUAUCUUAGCCGGAGGACCUGCCGAUCUAAGUGGAGAGCUCAGAAAAGGAGAUCGUAUUAUAUCGGUGAACAGUGUUGACCUCAGAGCCGCUAGUCAUGAGCAGGCAGCAGCUGCAUUGAAAAAUGCUGGCCAAGCUGUUACAAUUGUUGCACAAUAUCGACCUGAAGAAUACAGUCGUUUUGAAGCUAAAAUACAUGAUUUACGGGAGCAGAUGAUGAAUAGUAGUAUUAGUUCAGGGUCAGGUUCUCUUCGAACUAGCCAGAAGCGAUCCCUCUAUGUCAGAGCCCUUUUUGAUUAUGACAAGACUAAAGACAGUGGCCUUCCCAGUCAGGGACUGAACUUCAAAUUUGGAGAUAUCCUCCAUGUUAUUAAUGCUUCUGAUGAUGAAUGGUGGCAAGCCAGGCAAGUUACACCAGACGGUGAGAGUGAUGAGGUUGGAGUGAUUCCCAGUAAACGCAGAGUUGAGAAGAAAGAACGAGCCCGAUUAAAAACAGUGAAAUUCAAUUCUAAAACGAGAGAUAAAGGGCAGUCAUUCAAUGACAAGCGUAAAAAGAACCUCUUUUCCCGAAAAUUCCCCUUCUACAAGAACAAGGACCAGAGUGAGCAGGAAACAAGUGAUGCUGACCAGCAUGUAACUUCUAAUGCCAGCGAUAGUGAAAGUAGUUACCUAAUCUUGAUUACAGAUGAGUAUGGCUGCUCAAAAGGUGGUCAAGAAGAAUACGUCUUAUCUUAUGAACCAGUGAACCAACAAGAAGUUAAUUACACUCGGCCAGUGAUCAUACUGGGACCCAUGAAAGACCGGGUCAAUGACGACUUGAUCUCAGAAUUUCCCGACAAAUUUGGAUCCUGUGUCCCUCAUACAACUAGACCAAAACGAGAUUAUGAGGUAGACGGAAGAGAUUAUCAUUUUGUGACUUCAAGAGAGCAGAUGGAGAAAGACAUCCAGGAACAUAAAUUCAUUGAAGCUGGCCAGUAUAACAAUCAUCUAUAUGGAACAAGUGUUCAGUCUGUGCGAGAAGUAGCAGAAAAGGGCAAACACUGUAUCCUUGAUGUGUCUGGAAAUGCCAUAAAGAGAUUACAGAUUGCACAGCUUUACCCUAUCUCCAUUUUUAUUAAACCCAAAUCCAUGGAAAAUAUCAUGGAAAUGAAUAAGCGUCUAACAGAAGAACAAGCCAGAAAAACGUUUGAGAGAGCCAUGAAACUGGAACAGGAGUUUACUGAACAUUUCACAGCUAUUGUACAGGGAGAUACGCUGGAAGACAUUUACAACCAAGUGAAACAGAUCAUAGAAGAACAGUCUGGUUCUUACAUCUGGGUUCCAGCAAAAGAAAAGUUAUGAAAACUCAUGUUUCUCUAUUUCUCUUUUCCACAAUUCCAUUUUCUUUGACAUCUCUUUGCCCUUUCCUCUGGAGUCUUUUUUCAAUAAUGAUUUCAUGUUGAAUUAUAUCCCACAUCAUGGUCUGCAGGUGCGCUUAUUUUUUUACAUGUAGUGUCUCCUUCAAGUUACAUCAUGUGUAUUAUUUAAUGUCACUAUUGGUUAGUGGCCAUUUUUCACAACUGAAGAUGGAAUGGCCUGACCAGCUAUUAAGAAUUUGGGGAGACGCAGAAAUUGUGGUAAAAUUCCUUAAUGUUUAAGGGAAAGUAACUUUAAGAGAUUUUUGGAAAAGCUUUAUAUACAUUCUUUUCAAAUUUCAGUACAAAUGAAAAAGUGGUUUUAAUCAGUGAUUUAGUAGACUUUGAGCAACUAUGCACGCUUAAGUUUAAUAGCAUGGUUUGGCCAAUGUAUUACUCUCCAGUCCUGUUCUCAGUCAGCUUCUAUCAUCAAAGCAAUUGUCUCAUUAUAGAUAAAUAAGGAAAACAUGUUUUAAUUUAAAAAUUCAUGUCUGAGUUAACUUUCAUAAGGGAUUUCAUUUUUCCUAAGCAUUAUUAAAGUCUUUUAUUAUUUGAAGGUUCUUUUUUCCCAGUACAUUUGCUAGGAAUAACAACGUUUAAAUGUUUUUAAUCUACUUGAGCAACACUAUCGUGUCUUACAAAAGUUGUUCAUAUGUAAAUGAUCAUCACAUUCUGUGAAUCGAGGCCAUGUUCAGGUGCUAAGGAAGUUCGCCUUUUACACAGAAGGUUGAGAAAAUUUCCUAGAUAUAAAUACAGAUAAAUCAGACAUUACAGUGGUGAUGUAGAAACCAUAAUGGCAAUGGAAAGGAGUCCAAUUCAUAGCCUAAAACUUAAAAAUGUAUUCUUAGGAGUCAGAUUUUACUGAAUAUUUUACCCACAAUAGCUGCCUAUUUUGUUAUAAUAAAAUAUAUAUAAAUAUAUAUAUAAAACUUUCUUUAAACUCUGUAACUAUGGGAAUUAUUUUCUUUACAUAGUUGCGCACACACACAAACGUAUAUAUAUAUAUAUUUAAAAUAUAUUUUGUUUCUUUUGCCACCUACUCCUAACUUUUUGUUUGGUUUUUAAAUUAAAUAUUAAUUGAAUAGACUUAUCUUCCUUAAUCCUGUGAACUGAAAAUGGGGGCAUGGUGAUCAUGAGGAGAAACAUUUAGGGGAAUUAGAUUAUAAGUAAAAGUAUGGGCGUAUUCUCCUCUUUUCUAUAAAAGUUUUCAAAUGGUUCCUGGGGUUUUUUUGUUGUUGUUCUUGUUGUUAUUGUUGUUCUUGUCAUCAGGUUUGAUUUUGGUCCUUGCCCUUUCCUUCUAGUUCUCCUUUUAUUAAUAGGAAGGCAGGCAAAAGCCCCAUUUAUGUGUGUGUUUUCCCCUCAGACAGCUUUCAUCCACUGCUCUGCACUAGAAUUGCACAAAUCUUCAUGGUGAGCAAUUUUAAGAAAUUUUAGUGAAAGGUAGAAAUUAUUUCAGAAAUCAGUUUCUCUGGUCCUUUAUAUUAAUAAUAAUAUUUGGCUUCCCAUUGCUCUUUGGAGUUGUUUAUUAAAUAUGUGUUUUUGACAACCUCCUCAUUACAGUUUCUUAAAGAAAUGAGUACUGGUUUGUAAAGAAUUAUCAACAUUAUCCAUUCCAUUUAUGAAGAAGAGGAGAACAGCUAAUAAACUGUAUUGUAAAAUCCAUA